AUCCAUCAAUUUUUGAUGAAAUUAUUGUUGAUAACUUAGAAAAAGAUACCAAAUUAUCCAUUACAAGAGAUGGUACAAUCGAUGUUAUAGGCGUACUAGAUGUAAAUUCUGGUCUUAGUCCGACACAAAUUUUUACCGCAAGCUCUUUAUCAAAAUUAUAG